GCUCACCCUCUGUUCAUCAUUCGCAGGGUUAGGGUUAGCUCGAAUGAUCAGUCUGCUUAUUUGUCUCUGCAUCAGCCGACUGUGAAAAGGCUAUUUCACUCAUGGCCACACAAUGGCGGGGCAGCUCUGACGGUAUCCUGAGAGAGAUCCAGAUUAAUUUGCUGGAGUGUAAAGUCUGCUUCGAGAAGUUCUGCAGACAGCAGAGGGAACGCAGACCGCAGAACCUUUCUUGUGGCCAUGUACUGUGUCUGGAAUGCAUCAAAGCUUUGUCCCACCCUCUCCUGAGGAAGCUGGAGUGCCCGUUCUGUCGACAGCUGUGCAGCGUUGACAGCACCUCCCACUGCCAGGUUCUUUGUGACCUCCAGGAGUUGCUGUUGUCCUGGAGUCCCAAAUCCUCUGCUCCUCCUUACAGGGCAAAACAAGGCUGCAGGUUGCCCGCAGGAGCAAGCUCAUCGGGCCUGAACUUCUCUGCAGCUUUUGGCGGCUGGGGUACUCUCAUCAACCCGACUGGAAUCGCUGUUUUAGGGGCUUCGGGUGGAAUAGUGGUGGUGCAUGAUGGAGAGAAGAGGGUGCUGGUGUUUUGUCCACAGGGUAGACAGUUAAAUAAUUUUGGACAAAGAGGACAAGCCAGUGGAGAGAUCUGUUACCCAGUGGAUGUGGCAGUGACACCCUGUGGUUAUGUGGUGGUGACAGAUGCAGGAGAUAAAGCUGUGAAAGUGUUCACCUCCAGAGGACACCACGUAUUGACGGUGAAGGAGUCCUUCCAGAUGCCCUGGGGUGUGGACACAGACAGCCGGGGGCACGUCCUGGUUUCAGACGUCCAGGCGGGCACGCUGUCUCAAGUAAAAGUGGACUUUGCUUGUGGUCGUGUUCUGGAGCAUCGUACUCCUCUCUCUGAGCUCCAGCAUCCAAAAGCAGUGGCCUGCUGUCAGGUGACAGGGAACACUGCAGUGAUGGAGCACUUCACUGAUAACACACAGUCACCGGUGACGCACCAACGCACAAGACUGAAAGUGUUUACCAGAGACUUCCAGCUCCUUUAUGAGACAGACAGUUUCAGCCUGAGCCUGCAGUCCACAGUGAGACUCAACAUGUCAGGCGUGGCCUUUGACCCAGCCGGAGACCUGCUGCUGGUUGACUCCACGCAGGGAAUGAUUUGGAGUUUGAAGAGGCUGGAGAAUGAGUCAAUCCUGACUCCUCUUGUAGGAGACCAUCUUAUCCGACCCGUUGGACUGGUGUCACUCAACAACAUGCUCAUCAUUCUGGACAGUGGAGACCAUGCAGUGAAGAUUUACUUCCCUAAAUCUGAGGCUGCAUCUAUGAUGUAGCUCCUGUAUGAGCAGGACUAGACUAGAGAAAUGGAAGUCAGUGACAAGUUUAAGCUCAGUAUGAACAGGAAAGCUCUUGACAUAACAAGUUAUCUGUCUCAUCCAUUGCAUUCCCAAUAUGAACUUCAAUGAUACACACAUGGAUGAGUUUCAUUUACUGUCCUCAGAUUCAAUGUGUAUACUUGUAAACUGUCCAGACUUAGGUGAAUGGAACAUUUGAUCAUUUUAAAUUCUUAAAUAGUUAAAUUGAGAAAUAAAGUUUUGAGAAAAUUCCAAGGUAAUCUAUUUUAAACAAUUGCAACACUUAAUCAAUAUAAUGGCAUGUUCAUGUUCAACUCUUCACAUGUUCCAGCCUCAAACUUUCAUCAGUGAGUCGAACUGUUUUACUAAGUAAAGGUUUUUGUGAAUACAGUGAAUGUUAUAUAACAUCCACACUUCUGUGGUUAGAUAUGCAAACAUGUCAAACUAAUUGUCAUUUUCUUAUUCCUGAACAGCUGUAUAAAAAAUAAAAGCAUAUUUAUCAGAUUAAACCAUAUUCAUUUUCUUAAUGUGGCUGUUUUCUUGCCUUUUCCUGCAUACUUUCACCUUUUAAGGAAAACAAAGAAAAACAAAAAACAAGGCCAUAAGGUCGCGAGGUCAUAGCCUGUAAUAUGGUGUUAUACAAGUAGAAAUUCCUUCAGUUUAAUGGGGCCACAUGGGAAGAGACAGGGAACUACUGCAAUACAGACAUAGUUAGCACUGAGGAUUCACUUAAAAUGUUGAGUGCUUACAUUCUCUUAUCUGCACUCAGCAUUAUCCUCUCUCACAAUGUCAGUGUUUAAUGGUAUUUUUUAUGGGUAUUAUUAAUCUAAUGUCAGGUUUUGUUUAUGAAAUAUGCAGCGUUUGU